UGUCUCCACUCGCUUUUGAUGAGCUCUGCCGAAGUCUGCCACUCAAAGCGAAGGCCGUGGAUGCGCCUUGCACAACACGCAAGCAACAAAAUGAGAUAUCCGCAAGACGUGGAGCUCGAGCAUCCUCUGAAGCCGUUGCGAACAGACUGGUGCACGAUCUGCAAUGCAACGUCCGAAGAGCACGCUGCCAGUCCACAGGCCCACGAAGAAUCUCAAUAUUCGAGAGCCAACAUUCUUGAGGCAUCUCAUUCAAGCACCUGCCCCGGCAGAUUUGCCAGGGCGUGCCAACGCAAGCGCUCUGCACACCACAAGAAGGGAGGUUGGAUCAGACGAGUGGGCCGGAUGACCAGGCGGCGGUGGAUGAGGAGGAUGGCCUCGGUCUGGACCGGGCGGGCCAGCGUCCUAAACGAUCCUGCGAAGACAGCAGGGCAGAUGCUACCGCUGUAUGGCCUAACUACGAACAGCAUUGUUAGCUCCGGUGAGGCGACUCUUGCAGGAGCUCCUGAGGACGAAGCCGCGUUUGGAGGCAGAAAUAAUGGCAUAACCAUACCUGGUUUAGUGAUUCUGGCCAAUUUAGGGGCUCCAGGGCCCCGGGUCCCCUUAUCUAGGGUCCUGGUUAUACCCGAGCUUGGGCGCGCUGCCGAGAGCGGUGCCCGCGACUGUCGGACUGGUCCAGGGCGCGGGUGGCCUGAGACAUGCCAGCUGGCGUGCGGAAAAACCUAUGCGUGAGGGCAUGCCCCGCCGCGGCUGUCAGAACGAAGUGCGUGUGGAAUUGCUGCCUCGUUGGGAGUCGACCUUACUUACCAUUGCCACCAGAUUUUUUGUAGCAGCUCCUCCAUUUCUCCUUUGACUUGUGGGGGUGGAAAACUGCAGCUUCCUGGUCGGAGCAGUCUCUCGGAGCGCAGUAGUCGUCCGCAACGAGACUGCCAGAGUGCACAGCGGUCGCACCCAGCUUUUGCAUGCACUCGGCCAUGUACAUGUCCUCACCCCAGCCCUGCCACGACAUUCCCAUCUCGCACUUCUCUUCGCCGGCAUCCCUGUACAGCUCCAUCGCCUCCUUCGAGAACACCUCGAUCGACCCGUAGAGCCACCACUCGCCGUCGUGGAAACAAUUCUUGUAGAACGCCACAGUCCCAGUGGAGCCGGAAGCGACGAUGUGCUUCCGAACGCGCUCGGGGAAGAUGACGGCGUCGGGGUCGCCCUUGAUGAUCCAAUCGUGGUCCCACAAAAUGCCACUGUUGACGAGCAUCUUGAUGGAGUUGAUGAAGAUCUGGGUGUUCAGCCACGAGUUGGUCGUCUCGCCGGGGUGGUUCUUAAUGUCGCCCAUCGUUACAUCGUCCACCUCGUUCACCCACGACCAGAUGUCCCUGUUCUUGUAGUCCUUCCCCACCAAGACCUUCUCGCCGCUCACGGUCACGGUGGUGUCGCAGGCGAAGAUGCCCGCACUCAGCCUGCAGGCCUCCUCGACAAGAUCCUGCUCCUUCGUGUGGGCCCGGAACACUGCAAAGCAGAAGAGCGACGGCGAGCCCCACUCGUGGAAGAUGGAAACGGUUGUCGUGGCCGACUGUGUCGUCGUGCCCGUCACCGACGUGACAGAGGUAUGCGUCUGCACUGGAAAGGGCAGGAGGGCGUCGUACGGCGCCGUGGAGCAUAUCCUGACCAACUUCUUUUCCUUGGCGUACCGCGCCCAACUCUCGCCACCACUCUCGCUGGCUCGCGGGGAUUCGCUCUCCGUCAGCCGCCUGGCCUGCUCGGCGGGGUCAAGGGCCUCCGCGGUGGCCUCGCGGUGUCCUCCACGGGGAGCGUCGCCACUCUGCAGCCUCCUGCCCGCUUGCCCCUUCUUGUCCUCACCAGCAACGUUAGCAGACCUGGCCUCGUCGUCCGCUCCUUCGUGCCGUUCGUCCUCGCCGUCGUCGGCGUCCUCGUCGUCUCCGCCAUGCUCCUUGGUGGCUGACGCCCCCGCGUGCUUGGUCGGAUCCAGCUGGCACCCGUCGUUGAACCAAAGCGCGUCCUCCGCCUGUUCCAGCCGGCUUGCGGCGUACCUGCAGAUGGCCUGGUCUGGGAUGUCGUACGCAUUCUCCUCAUCGCAGUCGCCGUCCGCCAACAAGUAGGCGACCUCGCGCCUUCUCAUCAAUUCUGUGACCUCUCCGUCCAAGUACCCGCUCGAGUCGAGGCGGAUCUCCAUGUAGCCGUCCAUGCCAAACAGCUUGAGCCAGUGCCCCCUCUCGAAGCCGAGGACGACGGUUCCGGCCGGGACGGCCCUGACGACCUCUGAGCCGGUGUUGUUGCGCCUCCUGAUGUUGACCAGCCCUCCGGCAUACGCUGCCCCGGCACCUCCCACUCCGACGGCCACCUCUCCUCGACGGCCUCUUCGGCCUGCGCCUCCACGGCGCCGGCGACCGCGUCGAGGAGGCCGCCCGGCGCGGGCGGCUCCGCGGGUGGCUCCGCCGCGGCGGACAUGAACCUCGCGG